AUAUUUCUCUUUUCCUCCACCUUCUCAUUACUCCACGUCUCCAUUUCAGGCUUCAAUUUACUGCACAAUCUCCAGCACCCUCAUCUCUGGUAAGUUCUUCCAGUACCUACCGCGACUGUCUCGUUUCCAGCUUCGAAGUCGGAUUUGAUGGCUCACAUCAGAAUGUUUCCCCUUCUUAUUCCCGGACGAUGAAAUACUUUUCUGGAAGGCCAGUAAAUAGUACGCCGAUCGUGUUCCGCUUUCCGGAAACUCUCACUCGGGGUAACCCUGUGAAGAAGAAGAGUCGAAGGUAGCGCUAACCUUCAUAAACGAGGGGCUGCAGUCCUGAUGAACAGCCUGCUUCACGACUCGUCCAUUCCCUCUGUUUCAUAGCUCCCUCAUGCACUCUGUCGAUGCCGAAUUAAUCAUGACCACCGCUAGAGCCUUGCACAGUGCCUCUGCUAGUAUACGCGAUUCUCACCACUCAAAGCCCCGGAGAAUGCUCAGAGACGCUUUCAAGGCGCUGCCAUCUCCAAAACACGCUGCGCCUACGCAUUUCGGCGACAUAACACCCUGUCCGACUGACGUUCUAUCUCCCAUCCAACAACUUCCGACCGAAAUCCUUACCGACAUCUUCUUACACCUCCAAUACGACCGCCCUCAACUCCCCUUUGUCCAUAACGUCGCCGAAGCUCCUCGGCUGCUCACUCACGUAUGCCGAAGGUGGCGAGGCAUUGCCGAUGCCCUACCCUCCCUCUGGUCGGGCUUCUCCAUCGACCUCGACGCGAACCACCCAGGCCGCAUAUCAGCCUUAGCCGCGUUCCUCCGUAAUUCCCGGGGCUCCCCGCUCACAUUCGACUGCAUCAUGCACGACAUCUCCGACUACGGCGACACCAUCCUCCAACUCCUCUUCCACGAGAAACACCGCUGGGAAUCCGUCCGAAUCCUAGGCAAAGGUCAGAACCUCUCGCGGUUCGCUCCCAUCGGUGGGAGACUCCCCAUGUUGCGCUACCUCAAGCUAAUUGUCAUCGGCCAGCCGGAGCGGUUCGUCUGUGGCGCGUACGAACUAGCGCCAAAGCUGGAUAAUGUAUUCAUCCAGGGCGUGAGACCCGUCGCGCACAGUCUCCGGCUCCCCUGGGCCCAACUGACGAGCUACUUUGCGGAAGAGGAUCGGCUCGAAGACCAUCUCUCGGUCUUGCACCGCACGCCCAGGGUCCAGCAUUGUCAUUUGCGAGUACGCCACCCUUCCUCUGCGGGCGACAUGAUCCCGAUCAAGAGAUUGGAGAUGCGAUAUCUUUCAAAGUUGGUCGUGAAUAACGCGAAUUUGUUGGACCAUCUCGUCUUGCCGGCUUUGGAGGAUAUCACGAUUCACCAGUCUCCGCAGAGUAUCCCGACGGGGUCGUUGGCUGCGCUGUUGUGUCAUUCGCGGUGCAGUUUGAAGGCGCUCUCACUUCGGCUAUUCCCUUCGUCCUUCUCUAGCGCGGGCCUUCUUCCAGUCUUCCGGCUCCCUGCGGCGCAGACGAUCUUGACCCUGGACUUGUUGCUCCUUGUGUAUCCGUUUGAUCUCAUUGCCGGGUUGGCAGGGGAGCAUGUGUUGUUGCCGCGCUUGCAGGAGUUGGUUGUGAAGAUUCCGUCAUAUCCCUUCCAUGCGCCGAGGAAGUUCGAUAAGGCCUGUUUGGAGGUGGUGACUAAGCUGAUGAGGAGGCCGGGGUUGAGGAGGGUGCAUUUGGAGGUGUAUGUUGCGAGGGAGGUUGAGAUUCCGAGAGCGAUAGCGCCGUGGGUCACUCAGAAGAAGAGGACGAUUGUGGUGAAUUGGGAAGCGAGACGGUAAGAUGUUGCGGAUGAUAAGACGUACACAUCCUUUUGGACUUGCAACGAAAUUUGAACGGACAAGGAUUUAUUUAUGACUGCAUUUUUUACUUAUUAUCUUCACGAUUCAUUCAUGGUUGAUACCCUCCCUGCUUUCCAACGUCCCAUUGUAACAGCAUUUUUCCUUCUUGACCAAACGUUGUACAUACAUAGCGCACACGAAACAAAACGAAUGUAUUUUUGAAGCUCAUUUUUUUUGGGAUGAUCGAUUAG